AUGUCUGGAGCUCACCAUGCAAGAAUGAAGGGCUUCGCCGGUAUCAACAAGAAAAACGUGAUUUUCGACACGACAAAUGGUCUACAAAAUGGUGUCGUCUUUGCAGCAACGUACGAGGAUGCUUCGCUCUCAGCUGCAAGUGAGCAAGGUGUCAAGAACAGCUCAAAAUCUGGUCAGGGUUUGACACAGAACAAAAUACAGAUUGCAUUGGCCAAAGUCAUCGAUAAUUACGCUGAGCUCCGUACAACUGUGAAUUCAGAUAUGCAAUUCGAGCUGCUCGAUUGCGUGCCUUAUGAUGAUGUUGUGCUCAACGUACAGCUCGAAUGCUUCAAUGACAAGCACUUGGAUUGCCAUGGAGGUAUUCCACCCUACAUUUUACGCCAAAUUCUCAGCAACAACACGUGGAGUACCGGCAAACCGCUGUGGAAACUUCUUCUAGUGCGUGAUAAGAUGCUCAUCUUCCAUGGACAUGACGCACUUUUUGAUUCUUACACAGCUGCAAACUUUCACAAACUAUUCCUCAACGCACUCAAUUCAUCGGAAGAAUCGCCCUCCAAGGUUUCGAAGUUCAUUUCCCAGUACGGUGCUAAGCUCACGCAUUUGCAAAAAUCGUGUUUUAACAGACAGCCUGCUCCAGUUUGUUCGCCAGAGCUCUGUUCGUGUUAUGAUGGCACUUCGAGCGCAGCAGAAGGAUGUAACAGCUUUUUCAGGGCGAAACCAUCCUUCUCGCUUGAACACGAACAAUACGAUCGUGUUAUGAUGCCAUCAGCAGCAUUGUACAACAACGCCCGACCUGUUCCGCUUUGUGGGAAAGUUGUCUUUGGAAUUGUUGACACAACGAGGCUGUCUGUGCUUCAAAGCUAUGUCAAAGACAGCGCUACAACACUUCAGAUGUUUCUCGCUGCUGCUACGAUUUUCAGCCUUGAGAAUGCAAACUUUAAGCACUUGGCAAAUUUGAGCUUUGCCAUUCCAAUGUGCCCAAGAAAUUCAAAAGUGAAAGCAUCCGAGGGAGGAUUCAGUCCCAACAACGUUUUUUUGAACUUUCCUUUUAGUGACAACAACGAUGAAAGUCUGAAGAUAUCAGAUCAUAAGCUAGAAGACCUUGACGGCGCAACCUUGAAAGACCAGGCUUUUGCAAAUGAACAAUCAGAUAAAGGUCUUCGAUUUGAGGCGCUACUAUCCGCUGUAUCGAAGAAAAUGAAAGACGCUAAGAGAGUUUUGGACAAUACAAGAAAUGAAGAUUUAAACCAUAGAAAAUCAACCAAAACCCCUGUUGUUGAGAUUAUCGAUCUAACUAGUCACACUUUUCCAAAAUCAGAGAAAGAUCAAUAUUUUAUCCAGGAUGCUUACGCUGCAAGAAGCAGAAAGACUGAUGUGUUUAUGUCAAUACAUUUUUGUUUGGCAUCCUCUGGUCUGACAGUCAGCAUCCAUUACCCAGAAGAAUCCUCCAUGGACGUCUUUGUAGAGCACUUUGAGUCGUUGAUGGAGCUAUACCCAGAGAUCGUAUAA